GUGUAUAUAAGGCAGUCAUCUGAGACAAUGCAUCAUACCGCAGCAUCAACUCAUCUCAACAGCUACUGACCGCAUUUUCCUGAAUAAUAGCAUCAGCCAUGGACCCUCAAGCUUGCAAAUGUGCUGAAGGUGGUUCCUGCUCUUGUGGAGAUUCCUGCAAAUGUGUAAACUGCAAAUGCAAGUCUUGCAAAAAAAGUUGCUGUUCUUGCUGUCCAGCGGAUUGCAGUAAAUGCAGCCAAGGCUGUGAAUGUGCAAAGGGAUGUGAUUCCUGCAGCUGCUGCAAGUGACCUGCUAUGAUGACCGUAUCACGUUUUUUUUGUCAACAUGUAGAGUUAUUGAUUGUCAAUGCAGUAUGUAUAUAAAGUCUUGACCAUGGCUAUGGAACUUUGUAUAAUUAUUUUUGAAUAAAUUUACUUUGCCAGA